AUGUACAUCUCUGGUGUUGAUUCCCCAUUGUGUGUUGCUGUAGACAGAGACUGGGUAAGAUGGUGCUGGACCUGCUGACUCUACCCGGCCUACCUCUGGCUCUGGUCUCUCCUCUCCUCUCCCAGCAGACUAUUCUCUGGCCUCAACCACACACUCGUGUGGAGAAGUUGUUGGAGGUGAUAGCCGACCUACAGCAGCCCUCUCUCUCCGCCACCCUCUCCUCUGGUGGAGGCGUGGCUCCUUCCUCCUCCUCCUCCCAGUCCACCUCAGUGGAUGAGUCCCAGAUGAACGCUCUCUCCAACCUCUCUCUCUUCUUGACACCCACACUGACCCCGACAUACUAGCUUAAUGUGUCUGAUGAUAGCUACUGAGAUGCUGAAAGAACAGAGACUGAGGAAACUGCCUGUAAACAUAAAGACAAUGGUCGAUGUUCUGGUUCUCCCCUCCAUUCAGAGUGAGCUACCUGACAUCCGAGACCUGGCCUUUUGCUGUCUGGGUCUGGCCUGUCUCCACGACGUAUCUCUGGCCAGAAACCAUCUCCUCCUCUUCCUGCAAGUGAGUCAGGUGGACCAUGAGUCAGUGCAGGCCACGGCAGUGAAGGUAGUGUUUGAUCUCCUACUUCUGUAUGGGUUCGAGGCCUUCAGCCUCACCUGUCCCGGCAGCUCCUCCAAGACCAAGACUCCCGACACACUGGACCAGGCUCAUGAGACUCUGGUGGCAGAUGGUGAGGGUAAAGAGGUGGAGGGUGGGGAGAAUAGCGAGGAGGGUGAAGAGGGAGCAGGGGAGGAGGGUGAGACCAAGAAGAUAACUCAGAGAAUCCUGGCCACCAUGGCAGACUUCCUUGACGGUACUUACAAAAGUCCGGUAUUGAGAGGGAUAUCAGGGGAGGGGCUGGCCAAACUGCUGCUGAGUCGUCGAGUCAUCAGCCAGAAACUGCUCGCCAGACUCCUCGUUCUGAGCUGUCGAGAGAUGGUUGGAGAAGUGUUCGUGCCAGUUCUAGAGGCAAUAUCAGAGGCCCCUGCAGAGUCUCUGAGACACGUCGACCUGGAUCAGCUGGCAGACUACCUGAUUCACCUCUGUGCCCCUCAGGAGCCAAACGGGGACUCUGUGCACGACAGUCUGGCAAUAAGUGUGGCUAAUGCUGUUCUGUCGGAGCCAGAGAACAGUGUGCUCACUAGGGUCUACUGCCGCUCGCUGACACACAUGCAACUCUCCUCCUCCAACAAGGCGGAGUUGCUGAUUCUGACGGAACAGAUUGAGAGAAACGUGGGUGACAAGAGAAGUCCAAAAACGUCGUUGGGUCUCUGAGGAGCAGUGAGGGAGGUGGGGAAGGAGGAGGAGAGGAUGUGGGAGAAGAGAGGGGGGAGUGAGAUGAGGGUGAGGAGGUGGAGGAGGCAGGCGAUGAGGUGGAGGGAGAAGGGG